AUGUGCAGCAGCCGAGAUUGGCUAAAACCCAAAUUUUGGAUUGGGGCUGCGGCAGACAUGCCUCCCUCUGCGACAGUCAAUGUCGUGCGCUAUUCUGCACUGGCAGGCGGGAUACUCUACGGCAUCCUCCACCGAAGGACGAUCAACCACAAACAGGCGCAAGAGCGCGAACAUGCCGAGCUCCGAAAACGAGAGGGAUGGGUCGAGCAGGCGAGGAAGGAGUACGCCAGGCAGAAGCUCGAGAGGGAAGGCGGUGCGGAUUCGGUCAUAAGCGAUCCGAAUAAUCCGGCUUUCGACCUGGAAAAGCUACUGCUAAAGUACGAGGCCACAAAAUAG